CAGCCUGGGGGGGUGUGCUCUCUGGAUGAGUAUAUAAGUGGACAGACGCCAGGCAGGGGAGCUAAGCUAGGAGCUCCUUUUGCAGAAGCAGAGCCAGGCAUUGCAGGACUCCUGUGACGGGCAGCAUGGCAGAAGAUCUCCAGCUAGAAACAUGGGACCUGGAAUGCGAGCGCAACAAUCGGGACCACCGGACCUCCGAAAACGGCAACCGGCAGCUCAUCGUGCGCAGGGGGCAGCCGUUCACCAUCACCCUGCACUUUUCUGGGAGGGCAUACCAGGAAGGCGUGGACCAGCUCACAUUCCACGUUGAGACAGGGCCUUGCCCCAUCGAGACAUCGGGGACCAGAUCUCUCUUUCCCCUUUCCUGCUCCCUGGAAGAGGCUGUCUGGAGCUCAGCCGUGGAAUGCCAGGAGGGGACCUCCCUGACUGUGUCCAUCUCCUCCCCUCCUGACGCCCGGAUUGGCCGCUAUCGCCUGACCAUGGAUGCUGCCACUGACCAUCAGGGCUCCAGCUUCAGCCUGGGGGAAUUUGUCCUGCUCUUCAACCCUUGGUGUCCAGCGGAUUCUGUCUUUCUGGAGAGCGAAGAGCAGCGUGUGGAAUAUGUGUUGACCCAGCAUGGCCAGAUCUACCAGGGAUCAAAGGAUUACAUCUACUCGAUCCCAUGGAACUUUGGCCAGUUUGAAGAUGACAUUCUGGACAUCUGCCUCCAGCUGUUGGACACCAACCCCAAGUUCCUCCGAAACCAGGACAAGGACUGCUCCCGACGCAACAGCCCUGUCUAUAUCAGCAGGGUAGUGAGUGCCAUGGUGAACUGCAACGAUGACCAAGGCAUCCUGCAGGGGCGCUGGGACAACCAGUAUGACGACGGCGUGAGCCCCAUGGCCUGGAACGGGAGCGUGGACAUCCUCCAGAGGUGGCAGAAAUAUGGGUGCCAGCCGGUCCGGUACGGGCAGUGCUGGGUCUUUGCCGCUGUGGCCUGCACAGUGCUGAGGUCCCUGGGGAUCCCCACCCGCGUGGUCACCAACUACAACUCUGCCCACGACACCAACGGCAACUUGGUCAUAGAGCAGUAUUUGGAUGAGAACGGGAAGCUGCAGCAGGGGAACCGGGAGCUCAUCUGGAAUUAUCACUGCUGGAAUGAGUCCUGGAUGACCCGCCAAGAUCUCCCAGGCGGGUAUGAUGGCUGGCAGGCUUUGGACCCAACCCCCCAGGAAAAAAGUGAAGGAGUCUAUUGCUGUGGGCCCACUCCGGUCCGAGCUGUCAAGGAAGGAGACCUGAAGCUGAAGUAUGACGUGAAGUUUGUCUUCGCCGAGGUCAACGCAGACGUGGCCUAUUUGAUGCUGCAGAGCGACAUGUCUCGGAAGAGGACCACCUACUCCACCCUGGUGGGAAAGCACAUCAGCACCAAGAGCGUGGGCAGGGAUGCCAAGGAGGACAUCACCCACAACUACAAGUACCCGGAAGACUCGGAGGAGGAGAGGUCCGUCUUUGAGAAGGCGAAGCACCAGAAGGUCUACCCGCCGCCAGAAGAGGGCUUGAAAGUCAAGAUCAAGGCCUCCGAGGGGAUGAACAACGGGUGUGACUUUGAUGUCUUCGCCGUCAUCAACAACAACACGGGCACCGAGCGGCGAUGCCGGCUCAUGUUUGGCGCCCGGACCAUCACCUACAACGGGACGCUGGGGCCAGACUGCGGGAGCAAAGACUUGCUCAACGUCGACCUGGAGCCCUACGCAGAGAGGGUCGUUCCCUUGCGGAUCCUCUAUGAGAAGUACGGCAGCUGCCUGACGCAAGACAAUAUGAUCAAGGUGAUGGCUCUCCUGCAGGAGCACGAGACCCACGAGAUCGUCCUCGAGACCAGGAACAUCUAUGUCAAAAACCCAGAUAUCAAAGUCCGGAUCUUGGGGGAGCCAGUUCAGAAGCGCAGGCUGGUGGCCGAGCUGACGCUGACCAACCCCCUCCCGACCCCCCUGAAUGGCUGCCUCUUCGCCGUAGAGGGUGCCGGCCUGACAGAAGGGCAGAAGACCCAAGAGCUGGACUGUCCUGUUGGGCCGGGUGAGGACGCCAAAGUGAGGGUGGAGUUCGUGCCCCGCCAGUCGGGCCUGCGGAAGCUGGUGGUGGAUUUCGAGAGCGACAAGCUGAAGGGGGUGAAGGGCUACCGGAACGUCAUCAUCGCCCCCCUGCCCAAAUGAUGUGCUGCCCCACCCCACCCAGAAGGGGAGAGGGUUGCUUUGCUGGCCCUGCCUGAAAUCCAUUGCCUCUUUAGAAAGAUGGGUGAUUCCGGCAGCAACGGGGACCCAAGGGGGCCUUGGAAGCAGCGGCCUUGAAAAACUCCCCCCCCCCGGUGUACACUCAAAUGUGACAAUAUUGCAAGGAGCCGCCACCCCCAACUGCUCCUUCACCAAGGAGCAGAAAUUUGUUCCUAGCUAGACCCUCCCCUGCAAAAAAAGAUAUAUUUUUGUGGCUUUUUCAUAGAAUCGUAGUUGGAAUUGACCUCCAAGGGUCAUCUAGUCCAACCCCCUGCAAUGCAGGAAUCGCAGCUGAAGAAUCCCAGUUGGAAAACCUCCAAUGGAGUUUAGAAAGCUCCUCCUGGUGUUAUCUGCACACACACAGCAGAAAUGUGUCUCUUUGGGCCACAGACUGGGCAGGUAAUUUUUGAGAGCUUCCCCGUGAAAAUCAACGUCACACACAAAACGCUUGGCAAAUUUGCAGACUCCCUGGCCUGCUGGUUUUCUGCCUCCAAGGGAAUUGGAGCAAGAAAUAAAGGUUCGUCCUUCCACCUCAGGAGGACUUUAACCCCUUAUUCCCCCUCCGUCUCCUGCUGUGUCUGUAAGACAGGAAUAUCUCCUGCCCAGAAAUGGAUGGCCCUUAGUGUCCAGCUGUCUGUGGCAUCAACAAAAUGUGACAUGCCCUUCCCCAAAGUCGUUUAUGCAGGGGAAAGGGACGCAAAUAUUGUAAGGUGCUUGCUGCAUCAUGCCAAAAAUAAAGAAAAUAAUAUAUAUCUAGAUUCCGGCAUCAGCAGCCAUCAGAAAUGUACGGCAGCAAGUACAGACUUCUGCUGCACCAGUCCUGAAAGACCCACCUAGUCCAGCAUCCAGGACAUUUAAUUCUCACAUUAAAUGCCUCUAUUAGGAAACCCGCAGCCAGGAUUCGAACACAGGAGCCCUCUCCACUCCUGAGGUUUCCAGCAACUGGUAUUUAGAAGCAUUUCCUGCCUCUGAGCAAGGAGGUAGACCAGAGCCAUCCUGGCUAGGAGCCAUCAAUAGUCUCCAUGAAUCUGCCCCAUCCUCUUUUAAAGUUGGUGGCCAUCCCUGCCUCCUGUGGGAGGGAGUUCCGCAGUUUAACUUUUCCCCAAGUUCCGCAUCAGUGGCACGAGUGCUUGCUCACUUUCUCUAAAAACUGUGACGAGUGGAGUUUUAUUUCAUGUUUGAAACCAGGCCGGGUGGGAAAGGAGAAGGACUCAGGAGAAGGAGUCUGCCAGCGACCGUCAGAUUAACACAGAUGUCAAAGGCACUCAUCGCUGCCAAGGCAGACGCUGGCCAGAGGCACCAGCUCCUCUUGGGCUCAGGAGCACCAGCCUCAAAUCCUUUCCCCGGGCCGCACGGCAGGAAAACAAAAUGAAAGCAAGAGCCAGAACUGUGGAGCAGAAGGCAGACAGAGAAAGCAGCUUUCUUACCCCUCCCAGUGUGGUUUCUGGGGAACAGAAAGACAAGCGCAAUUUCUUGGGGAAGGCAUUCCUUGCUAAGAAACUCCCAGGUCAGGAUGUUGCACACUUUGGAGAAAGAUUCAUUUAUUUUUUUAAAAAAGCUGAUCCAAGAAACAAAGGGCUUAAUAAUGUGAGCAAUGUAACAUGUACAUACCUAUAGAUAUAUUUGUGUACCGUGAUGCUAUGCGUACUCUCAAAUGUGCGGAGGAGAAGGUGGUUUGCUGGCUUCGCUUGAUCCUUUCUAGCUGACUCUCGCGGCAAAUGCUGUGUUCUCAGAGCCGGGUAUUUCACUCAUGGAACUGAACUAUGCAAUCGCUGAAUAAAGAGUUAAUUUUUCACCUUCAA